AUGGACUGUCCGGGGAAGGAAGGCGUGGGGGGAAGGAAGAGGAAUUUGGCCCUGCUGAGGAACAAGCUGUACAUGGGGGAGAGGAGGAGGACAGAGCCCGUGGUGGAGAGCACCACCACCGCCGGGGACCAUGGCACCUUGAGGAGGAGUCAGUCCGACAGGACAGAGUACAGCCAGAAAUUACAAGAAAAAAUGACCCCACAGGUGGCCACCUCGCCACAGGAGGAUGAAGAACAAGUCAGUAGACGCAUGAUGGCCAAGAGGGUGAAAAUCAUCGCAGAACUCAUGCAGACGGAGAAAGACUAUAUCAGCAACUUGGACCUUUGCAUCAAGGAAGUGAUUCAGCCCCUGAGAAACAAGCAGAUUGCUCGCUUUGACGUGGAUGGCUUGUUUAGCAACAUUGAAUUGGUCCAUCAAGUAUCAGCCAAACUGCUGUCAUUGUUGGAAGAAGCCACAACAGAUGUGGAGCCACCCAUGCAAAUAAUCGGGGAAGUGUUCUUGCAGAUUAAAGGCCCACUAGAAGACACAUAUAAAAUCUAUUGCUAUCACCAUGAUGAUGCACACACCAUGCUGGAAUCCUAUGAAAAGGAUGAAGAACUGAAGCAGCAUUUAAGAGACUGUGUACAGUCCUUAAAAAAGAUAUAUGAAGAAGAAGGGAAGCCAAAUCUAAUGGACAUGGGAUCUCUGAUGAUUAAACCAGUGCAACGGGUGAUGAAAUAUCCCUUGUUACUCCAUGAACUCUUGAAUUCAACUCCUGUUUCUCACCCUGACCACAAGGCGCUACAAGAUGCCCUUUUUGCCAUGAAAAGCAUUAAUGUGAACAUCAAUGAACUUAAAAGGAGGAAAGAUUUAGUGCUGAAGUACAGGAAGAAUGAUGAUGAUGAAACCCUUAAAGAAAAGUUUUCCCGACUGAAUAUUCACUCCAUCAGCAAGAAAUCCAAGAGGGUGACCAGCCAUCUGAAAAUACUGACGGGGGGAGAACCUCAGGUGAAAGAUCAAACCUUUAAUAGGGAAGAAAAAUUGUUUCGAAGUUUAGAGAAGACUGUGAAAUUGUGUGUGAAGAACAUUUCGCUCUCUUCACAACAUCUACAGGAUUCUAUACAUCUGGCUGCCCAGAAUAUAGUUGGGCUUCAGGAAAUCUUGCAAGAUAAAGGUGACAAAGUCAAUGACUGUUUGAAAAAAGGGAACAACACUGCAAAUCUCUGUGAAGACCUUAUGGCUCAACUGGACAAGCUUAUUUUGACUCCUCUCUCAGCACUACAAGCUUUGUUUUCAGGCCCUCAGAAACUCAUCCAGAAGCGCUAUGACAAGUUGUUGGACUACAACAGCUGCCUUCAGAGGUCAACCGGAGAAGAGCUGAACCUGGCAAAGAAAGACUAUGAGGCUCUAAAUGCACAGCUAGUGGAAGAACUUCAGGUAUUCAAUAGAGCAGCCAAAAAGAUUGUGUUGAACUGCCUACAUUUCUUCAUCACCUUCCUCAGGAAUAUUAUGUCUGCAGCACUUCAAUCAAAUUCUGCUGUGGUAGUGCCUGUUCCACUGUCCUCCUCAAGCAUCUGUGAAGUGCAGAAUCAAUUGAUAGAGGAGGUUCACAAGCUGAAUUUUGUAAAAGAAAACAGCAGUGCAACAUUUAUUGAGAGAAAAUUGAGCUUGGAAAGAAAGAAACCUGUCCCUUCUCCCCUGGAGUCCCCACGUCAAACAGAAGGCCACAGGUCCAAGCUGUUGUCUACGUACAGCCCCGAAUUGCUGUACCAAGCUAAGCGCAAGUGCAAUGCCACUCAGGAAUUCGAUAUUGAUUUACAUGGAGGAGAACUGGUGGCUGUCGUGGAGCAAAAGGACCCCUUCGGAAGUACAAGCAGAUGGCUUGUUGACACAGGAAUCCUUAAAGGGUAUGUGUAUUCCUCCUUCCUGAGGCCUUACAAUCCAGCCAAAGCACAGAAGGAUGUCACAGAAAACAGCUUUAGUGAUGAUGAUUUUGAUAAUAUCAGCCUCUUUGUCUCUUCACGGCCCUCUACUGACAGCAGCACAAGAAGUCCAGGGCACAAGAAGAGUGACAGCAGCUCUUCUCUUCAAAUCUGUGAAAAUCCCACAAUUAAUGGCACAGGGACUGAUGCUCUUCAGGAUAUGGAUGAUCAGCAUACCUUCUAUGCUGUUUACGCAUUUCAAGCAAGAAAUGACCAAGAACUCAGUCUUCAGGAGUACCAGAAGGUUAGGAUACUUCGUUUUUCUGACCUGAGUGGCAAUAAAGAAUGGUGGCUGGCCGAAGCAAAAGGUCAGAAAGGAUAUGUACCAUCUAAUUAUCUCGGGAAGAUGACAUACGCUUAG